AUGGGUAAAGGUAGUAAAAACUGGGAUCCUCCUACUGUCACCGAUGAACAACAAGAUGAUUCAUCAAUGAUGACAACUUUGAAUUCUAGUCUUCACGAGAAAGGGCAAUUCACAUGGGAAGAAAUUCGUCGUCAUUCCAACAAGAAAGAUCGCUGGUUAGUGAUCAAUAAUCGCGUUUACGAUGUAACAAAAUGGUUGAAACAUCCAGGCGGACAAAUGGUUCUUAAUCACUAUGCUGGCCAGGACGCAACCGAAGCAUUUCAUGCUCUGCAUCCUGGAAUCAACGUAGUGCAGAAAUAUCUCAAACCAUUCUAUAUUGGUGAUGUUGCCACUGAUGAAGAUUAUGUCGACGACGAUCAAGCUUUAAAAGCUGAUUUUGAAAAAUUAAGACAAAAAGCCAUUUCUAAAAAACUUUUCCAACCGAGCCGUUUCUUCUUUGUGUUAGCAUGUGCACAUAUCUUACUGUUGGAAAUCGCUGCAUAUUUUGUUAUCUUUCGGUAUGGAACUGGUUGGAUACCUUAUUUUCUCGCCGUUGCUUUUUAUGCCGCGGCAGAAGCGCAAUGCGGCUGGAUUCAACAUGAUUUUGGACACUUAUCAGUAUUUAAAAAGAGCAAGUGGAAUCAUUUGUUACAUCAAAUGUAUAUUGGCUUCACUAAGGGAGCAAGUGCAGAUUGGUGGAAUCAUAUGCAUUUUCAGCAUCAUUCAAAACCGAAUGUUAUCGAUAAAGAUCCGGACACACGUGUAGAACCGAUCUUCGUCCUCGGUGAUAAAAUUCCGAUACGCGCAGCUCAUCAUAAUGCUAAAUAUGGAAAAGCUUUACCUUACAAUCUUCAGAACUUGUAUUUCUUCAUUGCUGCACCACUCCUGUUUCCAGUUUAUUUUCAAUUCAUGACGAUUCGACAUGCAAUCAAACGAAAUAAAUGGAUGGUACAUCUCAAUGACCUUUUCUGGCUAAGUUUGUUUUACAUCAAAUUCUUUACCAUAAUGCCGAUGAAAGUUGGCCUUUUCGGUGCACUGAAAUUACUUUUUAUCAUUCGUGUAUUUGAAGGAACUUGGUUCGUUCUCGUAGCACAAUCGAAUCAUGUCGUCAUGGAUGUAUCCCAUGACGAUGUAAAAUCCAGUUGGUUUCGUAUGCAAUUGAAAGCCACAUGCAAUAUCGAAAAAUCUCAUUUCAAUGAUUGGUUUACUGGCCAUUUGAAUUUCCAAAUUGAACACCAUUUAUUCCCCAUGAUGCCUCGUCAUAAUCUUUAUAAAAUUCAACCGGACGUCAUCGAGUUAUGUCAUAAAUACAAUUUACCUUAUAUCGUCAAACCAAUGGGUCAAGCGUUCGCGGAUAUUUUAACUUCUCUGGAAACAUCUGGUAAAAUGUGGAUGGAAACCUAUGAAGAAUUAAUGAAUGCGUCUAAAUCAAUGAAAUAA